AUGAAAGAUUUGGGUUUGCUUAGCUACUUCCUUGGCUUGGAAAUUUCUCAUGAUCCUUCUGGUUACUUUCUCACCCAGGCCAAGUAUACCAUUGAUCUCUUGGCUCAUGCUGGUCUUACUAAUUACAAGACUGCCUCUACCCCAGUUGAUCAUCCUCAGACUGGUCUCACACCUCUUGAUAGUCACCUAUUAUCUGAUGUUAUUUUAUAUUGUCUGUUAGUAGGCAGUCUUGUCUAUCUCACAGUUACUCGUCCAAGCAUUGCUUAUGCAAUUCACAUUGUCAAUCAGGUCAUGGCUGCUCCUCGUUCUCCGCAUUAUAAUGCUCUGGUUUUCAUUUUAUUGGCAGGGGAUCUUAUUGAUUGUUGUUCUACUAUAGGUUUCUACUUUUUCUUGGGUGACUCUCUUAUUACUUGGCGUAGUAAGAAGCACACUCUUAUUGUGUGUUCUAGUGUUGAGGUAGAGUAUCGUGCUCUUGUUGAUACUACUCAAGAGCUUGUGUGGCUUCGUUAG